UGCGUUGAAUCCUUUGUUCUCUUCAUUUCAUUGUUUGGGGAAAAAAUAGUUCAUCAAAGCAAAAGCAAAACGAAGGAAAGAUGACGAAGAUUGUUACAACUGGUUUUACAGCUGUGUACCUCUUAUAGAAGAUUCCUAGCUUCUUAUAAUUUCCUGAAUUUGAGAUUCCUUUUACAACAAGUUGAAGAGUAAGAGUUCGGCCAGCGAAAAUCUUUGAAUUAGGUUCGUGGACUAAUGAAGGAGUUUCAUUCUGACUUAAUUCAAGGAGCGAGGAACACUGUGCUUUGAUGAUAUUUAGCAUUGGAACUGAUUUGAGAAAAGUCCAGUUGUUUUUCAAUGGGACAUGAACUUAAAUCUCGGUUUCAGUUAGAUGCCAGGAAAUUGAUAUUGCUUAUAGGAAUUAUGUUUGUCGUGAUUAUAAAACUCCAGUAUCUUGAGGUUCUAUACCGGAAUGUGUUGUCGACACCGUUUCCUUCUGGUAAGGUUUCAGUUGAGGAACAAAAUAGUUUCUUAGCUGGAGCUCUGCCUUCUGCCGAGUCAGAGGUGACGACACAUAAUGUCACUCAUUCAAUCGGUUUGAACUAUAAGGGAACAUAUGCCGGUAAUGAGAAAGCUCAGGAUAAUGAGAUCUAUGAAGAAAGGGACACAGAUUUGAAUAAUGAUGCUAUAUCAGAAACCAAUGUGGGCUUGAAAAUAUCUUCUGCAUUCGGGGAAGGUAGUCCAAACGAGUCUUCAACUAAGGAAUUGGUAGAAUUAAAUAAGAAUUCUGCAGUGGAUUUUGCUACAAGUUCCAAAAACAAGAGUACAGCAGAAGGGGCAGGUGCUGUUAAUGAAAAAGCUAAUAAUGUUGAGACCUAUGAAGGAAACGAGAAAGAUCAGAGUAUUGAUUUCAUAUCAGAAGAAGUAGGAUUGAAAAGUUCUAUAUUAGAUAACCACAGGGAGUCUUCAUCUGAGGAAUUUGAAGACUAUCUUGAAGGUUACAAUAAUAAUACGGUUUCAGAGAAGGCUAGCAAAGCUGAAGAAAGGGACACUAAUUCACCAAUGAAAAAUACCUUAGAGAAAGAUGCUGAGGCAAGUUUUAGGAACCCUGUUGUCCAUGUCAAUUCCGGUAUAUCUUCAGUGGAGCAACACGUGACGCCAAGAUUUGACAAGAAAGGAAAAUUCCAAGAGGUUAAGAAUAAUUCCACCUCAUUGGGUGAUGAGUAUAAUUCCCCCAAAACACCCAAGAUGAAGAGAAAGCCUGAGAUGCCAUCUGCCCUAGCCACGAUAGCUGAUAUGAAAAAUUUGUUUUAUCAAAGUCGUGUUUCGUAUCAUUCCACGACACCUAGGUGGCCUUCAGCAGCAGACAAAGUGCUAUUAAAUGCAAGAUCGCAGAUUGAGAAUAUACCUAUUUUAGAGAAUGAUCAGCAACUUUAUGCACCUCUUUAUCGGAAUGUCUCUAUGUUCAAAAGGAGCUAUGAAUUGAUGGAAAGCACACUCAAAGUAUAUGUCUACAAGGAAGGAAAAAGACCUAUAUUUCAUACCCCAGUUCUAAAGGGUAUUUACGCCUCUGAAGGAUGGUUCAUGAAGCAACUGGUCACCAAUAAAAAAUUUGUUACCAAAAAACCAAGAGAAGCCCUACUGUUUUACUUACCUUUUAGUUCUAGAAUGUUAGAAGAAACACUAUAUGUCCCUGAUUCUCACAAUGAAGAUAACCUUAUAGAGUAUUUGAAGAAGUAUGUGGACAUGAUUGCAGAAAAAUAUCCUUUCUGGAAUAGAACUGAAGGAGCUGAUCAUUUUCUGGUUGCUUGCCAUGAUUGGGCAGCAUCUGAAACAAAGGAAUACAUGGCCAACAGCAUAAGGGCCCUCUGUAAUUCCGAUCUCAGAGAAGGUUAUAUUUUUGGGAAGGAUGCAUCUCUUCCCGAGACCAUCAUUUGGAAUCCUCAGAAACCUCUAAGAUCCCUUGGUGGCAAGCCUCCAUCUAAGAGAUCAAUCCUAGCUUUCUUCGCUGGAGGCAUGCAUGGUUAUUUAAGGCCAAUUCUAUUACAACACUGGGGAAACAACAAAGAUCCCGACAUGAAAAUCUUCGGUCAAAUGCCCAACCGUAAGGGUAAAAUGAACUACGUCCAAUACAUAAAGAGCAGCAAGUACUGCAUUUGUCCCAGAGGCUACGAGGUCAACAGUCCACGAGUGGUGGAGGCCAUUUUUCAUGAAUGUGUCCCGGUGAUCAUAUCUGACAACUUCGUUCCUCCUUUUUUCGAGGUCUUGAAUUGGGAAUCGUUCGCCGUCUUCGUUUCGGAGAAGGAUGUUCCGAAUCUGAAGAAGAUCCUCUUGUCGAUCUCGGAAGAGGGAUAUCUGCAGAUGCAGCUGAGUGUCAAAAAGGUACAACAACAUUUUCUUUGGCAUCCUAGACCAGAAAAGUAUGACAUAUUUCAUAUGAUUCUGCAUUCAGUUUGGUAUAAUAGAGUUUUCCAAAUGAAAGCCUAGCUUAGUUUCUUUGAGAACCAGAAAUUAUUUUCUUCCACACUAUUUUAGGUGGUAUAUAAAUUGGGUGUAUAAUAUUGAAAUUUAAGUUUAUAUUUAUUAAUUCUUACUUUUAAUAA